AUGACGGAGGUCGCCACCAUCCAGACACAAACCCCGCCUUUGCUGUCAGGGCCCUCAGAGAAGGAACGAAAAUAUGACCGCCAGUUGAGGCUGUGGGCCGCCAGUGGCCAGGCUGCAUUGGAGUCCUCCAGUAUUCUGCUCGUCAACUCAUCCUCAGGCACCGUGGGCGUCGAGACGUUGAAGAACCUAGUGCUGCCAGGCAUCGGCAAAUUCACCAUAGCCGACGGCGCCAACGUGCAAGAGGCAGACCUCGGCGUGAACUUUUUCCUCGAUGCCAGCAGUCUUGGCAAACCGAGAGCCCAGGCUUGCGCCGACUUGCUUGUCGAGCUCAACCCAGAAGUCGAGGCCGACUGGUUCCCGAAGAACAGCGAGCCGUACGACCUCGCCAAGGUGCUCGAGAGCCCUGAGCCGUACACCAUCAUACUCUACGCUCUGCCCAUCAAACCUGAAGAUCUCAAGAUUCUCGAGGCGUACGCGGCAGACCACAAGACGCCAUUGAUUGCCGUUCAUUCGGCCGGCUUUUACGCUUAUUUUCGCGUCCACCUGCCCGCCGCGUUCCCCAUCGUGGACACUCAUCCAGACGAGACCGCCACCACCGACCUGCGGCUGCUCACGCCAUGGGCGGAGCUCUCCACCUUUGCACAGGACAUGACCAAAGAUAUCGACGGCCUGGACAAUCAUGAACACGGUCACCUACCUUUCGUGGCCAUCCUGCUCCACUACCUCGAGGCCUGGAAGCAGUCCCACAAAGGCGAGUACCCGUCGACCUACCAGGACAAGGUCGCCUUCAGGAGGGUCGUAGCCGAGGCGGCAAGGACAGACACCCCUGAAGGUGGCGAGGAGAACUUUGACGAGGCCGCUGCGGCCGUCCUCAAGACGAUAUCGCCACCUUCGCUUCCAGAGUCCCUGCGACACGUCUUCGAAUACCGGUCUGCUGACCUUGGAAGAAAAGGGGUGGGGGAUGAAGAGACACAGUCUAGCUUCUGGAUCAUCGCCGGCGCCGUCAAGGCUUUCUACGAGAAGCACAGGUGUCUGCCCGUCCCUGGCGGCCUCCCGGACAUGAAGGCGCAGUCCAGCGUCUACAUACAGCUCCAGGGAAUCUACAAGGCCAAGGCACGCAAGGACGCCGCCGAGGUGCUCGACUCGGUCCGCCGCGCCCAGGGGGCGAACACGUCGACCCGGCAGAGGGUCUUCUACGAUGAUGCAAUGACAUCCCUGGAGCGGCCCUGCUCAUCUUGUGUGUACGAAGAACUCGCCAACGAUGACAUGGCGGCCAUGGGCGUCAUGCCCGCGUCCCUGCUCCCCAUCUAUCUCGCCCUGCGCGCCACGUCACACGCCCUCGACACUGCCGCUGCUGGGGCGGCGCUGUCACCCGAAACCAUCCUCAAAGACGUCACGGCACUCGUGCCCAGGGCCACAGAGAGCGAGCGCUACGCUCAGGCGGCUCAAGAGGUGUCCCGAGCCGCCGGCGGAGAGCUGCACAACGUUUCCGCCGUCAUGGGCGGCCUGGUGGCUCAGGAGAUGAUCAAGAUUAUUACGAAACAGUACAUCCCCGUCCAUAAUACCUGCAUAUUUGACGGCAUUGGAAGCCGUUGCCAGGUGCUGCGCCUGUAG